AUGAUCGAUUUUGAUCAGCUGGCUGCAGUGAACAUUCAGAAGCUCGGUGAAGAUGAAGCAGAUCAGUGGUGCGAGCGCCUUUUCAAAUUCACGCCUACGCCUGAUGAAUCCACCUCACACCUACUGUCACUAUUCGACUUUACGCGCUCACUACUUCGACUUAAAACAAUUCAAACUGAUGUACUCAUCGAGGAGCUCCAAACGGUGGGCAGUCGACUUGACGCGGUCAACACCGAACUAGAUCAUUUCAAGUCAAGUCCGCCCGCUGAACUGAAAAGCCACUCAACUAGUUCCUCGGAUGAAGCUGCUCUAGCUGAUCUGCGAGAACAACUUGAGGCGAAAGAUGAUCAGUUGGAUGAGCUGCAGGCGAAGAACCGCCGUCUGGAGGAGUCUUCAAAGGCGAAGGAGCGAGAGCUCAGUUCAGUUCGACUGCAGCUGGAGGCUUCACAGUUGGAGUUGCGGGAAAUGCAAAGCGGAGAUAAGGGGUCUUCUAGUGGCGCAGAGCAACACACCGGCACGUCGUCGUCUUCUGCUCUUUUUUCUGCUGAACAUCUUGAAGACCAGAGCCGCCAAUUGGAGGAGAAAAACGCCCAAAUUGAACAGCUACUCGACCGCCUUUACGACACCGACCGCAUAAAUCUGGAUCUUGCCGAGCAAGUGGCCAAACUCCGUCUAGACGUUGCCAAGCUGGGAAAUGAACAGAAGAUCUCACUAUCACAAGUGGAAAUGCUCACCGUACAAGUGGACGAGUUUCGUCGUCUCAACGAAUCACUCAGUCUCGAUAGAGAUCGCAAGGAAAAGGAGAUUGCUGAAAUAAGGACUGACCUGGAGCAUCGCUCAUCGGCACUGCUCGGCCCUCGAAGUGAGCACCUCUCUGAGACUUCGGCAGCAAGUGGCGUCGACGUGAGCACAAACUUCUUUCAGGAGCUUUCAACGGAGAUCAAACGUCAACAGGUACUCCUGGAGGCAAAAGAAACGGAAAUUGGAGAGCUUCGCGCUGCACUCUCACAACUGUCUGCAACUGAACAGUCGAUUCUUGAGCAGAAACGCGAUGAAGUUGAACGCCUGGAGGCUGAACUGGCCAUAGUCUCCUCGUCACCGAAUGACACGCCAACGCCGGAGGACGGACAAGAGUCGCCUCUUGUGAGACAGCUUCGUCGACGCGUUCGAAAGCUCCGCAAAGAGAAGCUCACCUUGUUGGAGAGAGUAGCCGAGCUUGAGAAGGAGGCUGGAAGAAAAGAUGAACAUUUGGAGACGGUUCGUCGCCAGACCAUGGCUUUAAUGGCUCACAGUGGCGACCAUGGGGCUUCCUUGAAGACUAUUCUCGAGGAAAAUGCAGUUCUUCGCCGUAUGAUCGUCUUCCGAGACGACAAAAUUCGCUACCUCAUUGACCAGCUCAAUCGACACCACUUGACCUCAUUUACCAAUGGUGAAACAACCGUUUCAUCUGAAAAGCCAAAUCAAACAAAGUCGGAAAUACCCAUAAUGGAUCAGCUCAUUGCCAUCACCGUGGAACGAGAUGUGCAGACAAAACAACUGGACGCAUUGCAGAUGCACAUGAGCUCAGUGCAGAAGGAAAAUCUAGAGUUACAGCUCGGCAUGAAGGAGAUACUCGAUGGCUUGCGAGCCGGCGACACUACAGCCGAUCUGGUCAUUGAGUGUCCCAGUCUUGAACGACUCUGUCUACUUCUCGAGAAUCGCCUCAUCUACCCUGCACUAGGUUUUGGUGACGACUCUAACUCAGUUGAUCUCAGUAAGGUGAUUCUCCUCAAGUCUGAGUUGGACUUUGUUCGUGGCCAAAACGAACAACUGCGAACUGAGCUGAAGACGCUGCGAGCAGACUUUCUGGCCGUCAUUGACGAGUACACUAAUGAUAUUCUGGAAAACUGGACCGUGCCACAGUCGAGCUCCAUUUCGGAUGUUGAUUCUAGCCAAGCAUUGACGAGUGCAGAGUCACAAAACACAGACAAUCAGGCAUUGGAAUCGAUGGAACAGAGUUCAAGUUUGGAUGACUCUAAAUCUGACCUCCUUCAAGCGUAUUACCAACAACUAAAACAAUUUCAGCUGAAAUCAACUGCUGACAAAAGAAAACCAGUUUUGAAAAAGCAAAAAUUCCGUCCAAAAAGACCUCAUUCAUUCAAUCGCAAAAAUGGUUUUAAAAUUGAUUUUUCUACUCAAACAGAAUUUGAUGAAGAGCCUAAAAAGCAACACCACUCAAAGCUCCCAAUCAUUAUUCCCACAUCUUCAGUUUCCACUCAAACUCCGGUUUCAGUUGAGCCCAUCAAAGUUGCUGACUCCCCAUUGUCAACAACACAACAAAAAUUAGUUUUAUCCGAAUCAGAUAUAAAGAAGCAGAUUAUUGACGACAUUUCACUAGGCGAGUCCCUUCUUGCUGACCCUGAUAUUCAAAGUUUUAUUUUGUCAAAUAGUCACUUUGUAAAGCAAGUAAUUGAAACCAAUGCUGAAGUGAAACGUACUUUGAUUCAAGAUUCACAAGUAGUAGAUGCUCUUCUGAAAGAUUCACGAGUUCAACGUGUUUUGCAUGAAGAAAAAGAAAAUAAAAAGUUAGAAAAGUCAGAAGUUCACACGCCUGAUGGUGAAGAUGAUGAAUACGUUGAUAUGUUUGACAUUUCUACGCAAACAGUUAAGCCCAAAUUCAGUUCUUUAGCGACUCAAACAGAAAAUAUCUUUGCAGCAGCUAAACCUUUGGUCCAGGAAUCUAGUUUAAAACCCGAUUGCGUCAACUGUUCUAAAUAUUAUCAAAUGCUUACCUCAAUUCGGGGCUUAAUUGACAAAGAACGUCGUCAGAUGAAGUUUCAAGAAGCCAAACUUUCUGAACAAAUUGAAUCACUAAAAGGAAAUUUAAAGCUUGUAACUACAGAAUUUCAACUUGAUUUGGAAGCGAGAGCAGAAGAGAUAAGUGACUUGCGUAUGAAGCUUCGAAAAUCAAGUGAGCGCCUGUCUGACGAGGACAAAUCUUCGCAAGGAGAAUAUCUCAAACCAAUUCCAAAAAAUACCUUUACUGCCAACUUGGAGUUAUCUAAACUGAUAGAAACAUAUCCUAGUUUUAUUGAAAUCGAAUCCACCGAAAAAAACCGAACAUUUAAAGUAGACACUGGAGCAGAAGGGAAAGCGACCAAAUCGAUACUGGAGACAAUAAUCGCCUGUCUGCAGAACUGUCUAAAGCAAAAAGAUGAAGCCCUUGCGGAAUAUCGCCAGUUACUCGAGUCAAUGCGCCAAAGCGCCACAACCACCGCCACUGCCACUGCCACCACUACCACUGCCAUUUCAAUUGCCAGCACAGCAUCUGCCACUGCAUCAGCCACUGACGUCCGUCCAUCAUCCACUCCUCAACCGAAUGAGCUUGAAACCCUCUACCAGGAGCUCUUCCUCAAGCCAUGUACUGCACAAAAUGAAGAACUGCUCUCACUGCUCUCAAAAACAUUUGCUGAGCUCAACUCUCUUCGUGCCACAAGCAAAUCCCAGCAGGAGCACCUUCAGUCUCAACUGGACACUGCCCGAUCAUCCCUUGCAUCAGCUCAACAGACCAUCACUCAGCUUCAUCACACCAUUAGCAAACUCACCACUGAGCGUAACAAUUUGGAAUCUCAAAUCAAGUCACUGACUGCCAAAGAAAGCACGUACAUUAGCCAAAUCUCCACUCUGAAUAGCAAAAUUGCCGAACUAAACAAGCGCUCCUCUGCCCUGUCUGCGUCUUCGCUCAAAAAGAAAGUCGACAAUGCCGUCUUUCAGGAGUCUGCAGACUUGCGUCAACAGAUUGCCCACCUGACGGAGGAAACGAAACGUCUCGAGUUGGAGCGUUGGACUGCUGAGAAGAAACUAAAUGCUGCCCUGGCAACUGCACGCAGCAAACUGGCUGACCGGGACCACCUGGUGGCCAGUCUGAACAGUCAAAUUGAAAAGUACCAAUCAGUGCUAACCAAACUGGAAAAGAAACUUCAAACCACGCAGAGGCAGGUGGUUAGAGAAGCAUCAUCAUCAUCGUCAGCAGGCUCUUCUAAAAAGGUAGAAGUAAAGGCCAUGGAAAGUAAAGAGACACAAACGACAGCCAAGGUCAGAGAUCGCAGUGAACGGCCGAGGGUGCGCUUUGAAGAUGAAACGACCAUUCACACCGAACAGAGAACGGUAGUCGUACAGAGACACCAGACACAGGCCGAGACGGAGAUGGCAACUGUCGAUCAGAGAGAGCACGCACCAACUGAUGAACAAACGACACGUCUCAUAGAGGAGCUGCAGUCAAUGCUGCAGGCGGCACUGCAACGGGAGAAGAUGGCCACUGUGGUUCGCGAAAUAUCGGCUGUCGGUGAAGAUAUUCUCGGCUCUACGACUAGCCACAUGGAGGAGAAGGAGGAUUGGAAAAAGAAGAACAGUCCUCUCAAACAGCAAAUUCUUUCCUGUCGUUCAGCGAUGUGUAUGAACAGCUCAUCGACAUGCAGUUUGAGCGACUCGUCAGUGAGAACGCUGCACUAA